ACAAAUACGAGCAGUCAACAAAUAUGGGUCAUUUCCCAUCUUCUUCCACCUAAACUCCAAAAUUCACAAAGUCGUUGAAAUUAGGUCCCCUCUCUCUCUCUCUCUCUCUCUGAGACUUUUGACCCAGAUUUUUGACCACCCAAUCGCAUGCCUAUAUAAACUCCCAACCUCACCACUUCGUCUUCCCAAACCCAAAGAACAACAUGCUCCGCUCGCUCUUUACCUCCACCCUCACGACCCUCUCCUUGCGCUGGCCAGUGCUAGUCUACGCCGCCACGUGGACCACAUUGCUCACUCUGACGGUGGCCGUGGCCUCCUUCUCCCCCGAGGUCGCGUUCGUCUCCUCCAUUUCGUCGACGUCUUCCUUCUCCCGCGCCUGCGACUCGGAAGGCUCCGUUAGGGUUCCGUCGGACGUGCCGGGAGAUAUCCUGUGCUUGCCGGCUCACCUGUUCAGCAAGUCCAGCAUCGAUUUCAUCGUGCCCCCUGUUUUCGCGGCGGUUGUGGUGGCUGGGUCGGCUUUCCUGGUUCGAGCCGUGGGCUUGUGGGAGACUGAUGAGGUCCCUUGAGUUGGGCCGGUUUUUAGUGCUUUGCUGUAGUUGGACGGCCCAUGUUAUAAAUACACGGAUGAUAUUAUUCUUUACCAACAUAUAUAAGAGAAAUUGUUGUUUGUGAGGAUAAAUAUUAAUUACUUAAUAGUUAGUUACGUAUGAGUGAUUUCUGACCGUUGACGCAUGUAUAAUUUGGAUUUUGCAUCAAAAUCAAAACAGUAAUCUUCUUAUCAUUCUAGUAGACUUAUAAUAUUACUGUCAUACUAAAUAAUUUAUCACAUCGAAUAACAUUAUUUGAAA